AUGGCCGAACGACACAAAGGAAUCCAGUCCAAAUUUGAUGAAAUGGUCAAAAGGAGGAAACAGUCCGAAAUCCUAAAAGAGGAUGCCGUGGCGUUUAUGAAGCAAAUGGAGCGCAUGGACGAAGUACUGAAAGAAGAGGAGAGAGCGCUGGAGGAGCAGAACAGGAUCAUCGCAGCCGAGACGGAGGAGAGGCAGGCCCACCCUGAGCUGGGUAUGGGAUGUGCACCUGGUUCAACCUGCACCUCGGUUUUUUGGUUUUAG